UUGGGUAGUCAGAGCAGGGCAGACAGAUGCACACAUAGUUUUAUUGUCCUCUGGAUUAGAGAAAGCUCUCGUAUUAUCGCUUGAUUCAUAUCAAAGAUCAUUGCGCACCGGCAAAAUGAGUCAUCUAAACCCAGGUCUUAUUUCAGCUUACAAUAGCUUAUCUGACAAACAUCUGACUGGAUACUUCAGCAAUGCAAGAAUACGAAGACAUCUUCAGAAAGUUGGGCUGAUCUCUCGGAGCGGCCGGAUUGUUCCCGAUAAGGAGUAUAAGCACAAGCUGAUCCAGCGAGCGCAUCAGAGACAUGUGAGGGAGGGUCUAGCUCAAGCCAUCUUUCACAAGGUGCUAGACAUGGAGCGCCUUCAUCAAACUGAGAUCAAGAGAAAACUUGAGGAAUUUGCACGGAGGGAACGAAUCCACAAAAUGAAGGCUGAGCGCACCAAGAGAUAUGAGGAUGAACCGAUGCUAAUGCUGUCACCUCGGCCACCUUUAAUGCCAAAGAUCUCACACGCACGGCAUUCUGGGCCGCAGGGAGAGCAUUCCGAGUCAACAGAAUCUCCGGGUUCCUCCAGGCCAAACACAGCUCCAGGGAAGAUCCAGAGGCCUGUUCGACUUAAGCCUCUAAACAGCAACAGUGCCACGGGCUCUAUGAAAAGAACGUCCCCUCGACAGAGACCCCGGGACCGGAACUCCUCCAAUGAAACUGAUCAGCCCUUCAGUUUUACGUUGGACAGAGAUGCUGUGAAACAGCUGACCACGACAGACUUCUCUAGCACGGUCUCGCCCUACCGUCUUCCUGUCAUUAACAAUUAUGUGACCCCUGUGCCACCCCUCACAAAGAAAAAAGAAAGAGGGCCAAGAACGAACGGCACACUCAGGGGUCGAAAGUUAAGACCCACUACAGCACCAACAGCUGUUACAGAGCCGUCUGCUCUCCAGAGGACAUCAGCCCAGAGUAAAGUAUUAGUAAGCAUGGUGUACUUUGGGAAGAGUGUUCACCUGUCCCAUGAUCUGAUGGACCUCAGAGAUGAAGUGAAGGUCUUCCAGCAACACUGUGGAGGAGAGAACCUGUGUGUCUACAAAGGGAAGCUGAGAGAAGGAGAAGUGUUCCAGUUUGUGUCAAGACGCCACCAGGGAUUUCCCUUCAGUCUUACGCUCUUCCUGAAUGGCCUGCAAGUGGAUCGGCUCAGCUCCUGCUGUGAGUUCAAACACAGGAAAGGUGCUCGGCUUGGGGGCAGGCAUGGACACUUCGGAUUUUGCGGUGUGGAAGGAGCCUCUCCAUGCUACAAGUGUAUUAUUGCUAUGGGCUUGGACAAAAAACCGGCCCCUCCUCAAAAAAGAGUGAAAGAGCGCUGGCCAACCUCUAAAUCCUCUGAUGCUAAGGAUGCCACAGAAGUAAAUGAAGAUAUAGAAAAAACUGACACGUCCCAGGAAAUGGAGACAGAACCUAAUGGAGAAACAACACGACAGAAAAAGACCCAAGACGUCUAUGAGGAGGACUUUGAGGCAGAUGGAUGA